AUGUCAGUUCAACCAAGCAUCAAGACCACCUCGCCAUACCCCUUUUCCAAGCAAAUCUGUUGUUCGAACUCCAAAUCCUUAGCUUUUCCGAAACAAAAGCCUUUUGAUCUGCGUGCAUUAUCCAAUCCCGACCUCAAAUCCAAACACGCCAUUAGAAGAAUCCGGAAAACGCAGUCUGUGUCGGCCGCCGCGGAAUUAGCUCCACCGGCAAUAACUUUCGAAAAUUCCGACACUGAACUUGCCGCCGAGGAACCUCAGGUGGAAGAAGAAGAAGAAGAAGAGGUGAAAUCAUUUCCAAAACCAAGGAUAGUGCUCAAGUUCAUAUGGAUGGACAAGAACAUCGGGCUCGGGCUGGACCAGUUAAUGCCGGGCUACGGCACGGUCCCCAUGAGCCCGUACUUCUUCUGGCCCAGAAAAGAUGCAUGGGAGGAGCUUAAGACUGCACUGGAGAGCAAGCCCUGGAUAUCCCAGAAGAAGAUGAUCAUACUUCUUAAUCAGGCCACUGAUAUUAUCAACCUCUGGCAACAAAGUGGUGGCAACUUGUCAUAA